AUGUCCGCCCUGAAAUACGUCAACAAGCUCCAAGGCAAACGCGUCCUCGUCAUCGGAGCCUCCUCCGGCGUAGGCUUCUGCGUCGCUGAAGCCGCCCUCGAGCACGGCGCCCACGUCACCAUCAGCAGCUCCAACCAGACCAAGCUCGACAAGGCCGCCUCCCGUCUCCAGGAGCACAUCAAGGCCGCCAACCUCGGCGACGCGAGCAAGCUCCUCUCCGCCAAAACAGUCGACCUCGGCAACCCCGACACCGUCGACCAGAGCGUCGUCGAGCUCUUGGAGUUUGCCACCAAGGACGGUAAACUCGACCACGUGGUGUUCACGGCGGGCGAUGCCCUCAAGACUUCGGGUCUAAAGGAAACCACCGUAAAGGACAUCCAAGCCAUCAACCAGGUCCGCAACGCCGGCGCCAUCAUCGUCGCCAAGCACCUCCACAAGUACAUCAACCCGAGCGUAUCCAGCUCCUUCACCCUCACCGGCGGGACAAACACCUGGCGGCCCUUGCCCAACUGGUCCGUCGUCGCCUUUGCCGGAGGCGGCACGGAGUCUCUCACGCGGGGGCUCGCCGUCGACCUGCGCCCCGUGAGGUGCAACUGCGUGCGGCUGGGCGCCGUGCAGACGGAGCUGCUGGACAUGAUUCCCGAGGAGCAUAGGGAGGGCGUGCUGCAGGGGUUCCGGGACUGGGCGAUUACAGGGACGGUGGGGACGCCGCAGGAGGUUGCGGAGGCGUAUGUGUAUUCGAUGAAGGAUUCGUUUGCGACGGGGGCGAUUUUUACGACGGAUGGGGGCCGGCUUGUUGGGGAGAGUAAGAGUCUUUUCGGUAUUUGA